GUCGGCUCAUUUAUACUAUUAAAAAAAAAGCGCUCGUGUCCGUUGUUUCAGCUCAGAGUGGUCUAAAGCCGAGCUAGCUGGAGUGGUUCCAUCAAUUAUUCCGUGUAACUCGACGGCUGAACUCGGGCCUUGGCACGAUGCUGAACGCCGCCGCGGCAGAGAGGAACAAGGAGCCCAUCCUGGCGGUGCUCCGGGACCAUGUGAACACCGACAGACCUCUGCUGGCUCUGGAGGUGUCCUCCGGGACCGGCCAGCACGUCGUUCACUUCGCACAAGCCCUGCGGAACAUCACCUGGCAACCCUCAGAGUAUGACCGCCAUUCUCUGGCCAGUAUAGAAGCGUACAGAGCUCACCACAAGCUGAACAAUGUGAAGCCUGCCAUCCACCUGGAUGCUUCUCAACCCCAUCAGUACUGGGGAGGGACUCAACCAGAGAGCCUGGACCUGGUGCUCAACAUCAACAUGAUCCAUAUUUCUCCUAUGGCUUGUACAGAGGGUUUAUUCAAAGGAGCUGCGGUGCUGUUGAAGCCACAAGGUCUUCUUGUGACAUACGGGCCAUAUGCAGUGAAUGGUCACAUCACCCCUCAGAGUAACGUUGACUUCGACUUCAGUCUACGGCAGAGGAACCCAGAGUGGGGCCUCAAGGAUAUCUCGUUUCUCAGCUCCUUAGCACAAAAAAAUGGUUUGUUCAUGGAAAAAAUAGUGGAUAUGCCAGCAAACAACAAAUGCAUCCUGUUCAGGAAGGAGAGUUUGGUGUGAGGUCUCCUGAUGGUAAAUCUCAGCAUGAAGACCAGAUUUGGAGCCGCGAGAUCUAACCGCCUUAUAUUCAACUUUAAGCACAGAUACGUGGCUCCAUGUUUUUAAAAUCAUAAAUGAAUCACGUUAGCGCUGUAAUUAAACGCACAUUGAUAUUGUUUUAAUCUGAAUUGUUUUUCUCUAUGACCGUUCGUUUUGUUUUGCACGGUUGAGUUAGACUUCCAAACAUCUUACCUGUGUAUUUUAUUAGGCCCAAGACAACCAUCUGUAUGUUAUUCUUUAUUUUAAAUAAUGAAAUUACUCAGCAGAAGUGAUUUCAAGACGUGGUUAAUAAUAAUACAAUACAUAAAACAUAAAUAGACACAUGUAGAUAGCUAGAGUAAAGAAAAUGCAAUGACAAAAAAACCUAAGUGUCACAAGAAAACAUGGAACAUAACCAGCUUGUUUAGCUGUUACUCUAGCUGUUCUUUUCUCACAAUACAAAAAACAUGUACGCGUAUAUCAAGACGUUAUUUAAAGUUAAUAAAACCUUUCCAAAUGAGUUCGCAUCUAGAAUGU